AUGCUGGACGGUAUUAAAAUCGAAGAUCAUUUUAGAACGGGAGCGGCCACUUUGGGCGUGAUGAUCGGUGAGUUUACGGAUGGCUCAUAUUAUCUUUUAAUAUUCAAAGGUGAAGAUAUGUACUAUUUGGGGGAUUUAAUGGUUUCAUUCUCCUUUUAGUCUCAUAUGCCAUCCUGUGACGGCAAGGCCUUCCUGAACACAACACUUGGCAGGCACCUGUAGCAAUAAGCUACAAAUAGACACAAGAUAGAAAUUCAGUUUUCAUAUGGCCUAUUCAAAUGAUGUAUGCUAACCCAACAGUAACUUGAACCUAGCUAUUCUCCUGACAUCGACGUUAGUGGCAGGUUUAACCGUUGCUUAUGCAUUAUAUUUGUGAGUCAUUUAGUAAGACACGCCUACUAAUAUUGUUUUUUCUCCCUACCAUUCCAACUUUUUUAGUGAGUAGAAAAUCCUCAUUAUGUCUUUGAAUCCGAAAGAUACAGAAAUUCACAUUUUCGUUUAUCACCCAGGUGCUGAAUGCCAUCAUCAGGCCGUCUGCGAGGGAUGUCAGCGGCCUAUUUCCGACCGAUUUCUGAUGCGGGUCAACGAAUCGUCGUGGCACGAGGAGUGUUUGCAGUGCGCGGUGUGUCAACAGCCGCUUACCACAACUUGCUACUUCAGAGAUAGGAAACUCUACUGCAAAAUUGACUACCAACAGUAA